AGUCCUCGAGUCCUCAGUCGGUUACUUCAGGUGUUCGUGUGUGUGUCUCUGUGUGUUUAUCUUUUGAAAUGUUGGUGAUAGCCGCGUGCCUAGUGGCACUUCCCCUGGUGAGGGGCCAAUGCUUCUCCCCGGAAGACACUCCGGCUGGUUCCGCCCCAGCUCCAUUAUACACAGGCCAGCUGGACUUUGCUCUCUCGAUGCUGCAGAGUCUCAACUCACUGGAGCCGCAAGCCAACUUAUUCUUCUCCCCUCUGAGUGUCUACAGCACUCUGUUGUUGGCGUACUUCGUCAGCUCAAACCAUACUGAAGGAAACCUGCACAAGGCGCUGUAUCUGCCUGAGAACAUGACCAAAGUGCAAGUUCUGGAAGCCUACAAAGCAGAAUGGCUGCUGGACCAGAUGAGGGCCAUGAACAGUUCUGAUAGUUAUCAGCUGAUUAAUGCAAAUCAUCUGUUUGUGUCUCAGAACCUGGAAGUGAGGGAAUGCAUGCAGACACUGUUUCAGCAGGAGAUGGAAAAGUUGGACUUUGAAGGUGACGUGAACACAGCAACAGACCAUAUCAACUCUUGGGUGUCAAACCACACUAGAGGUCAUAUUCAACAGCUGAUUCCUGCUGGCCGCCUCAGCCCAACUGCCAAACUGGUCCUUGCAAAUGCUGCCUACUUCAAGGGCUUGUGGAAGUCAAGGUUUCUUCCGGCUAAGUCGAAAAAGGAAACAUUCUUCAUCAGCAGCACAGAGAAAUCUCUAGUUACCAUGAUGAGGCAGAAGGGAACUUUCAAUCAUUUGGUCUCAGAAGCGCUAGGGGCUCACGUUCUACAACUGCCGUACAAAGGCAGCGCCAUCAGCAUGUUUGUGUUCCUACCGCCAUAUGCUGCGCCGCGCGGCGUUGCCAACAUCCUGCGCCGUCUCACGCCUCACAACCUGCGCGAGAUACUCUCCGAAGACGCUAUGGUGCCUCGCGAGGUCGAAGUUGGAAUGCCAAAGUUCAGUGUGGAAAGCUCACUCGAGCUUGUACCGAUCUUGGCUACGCUGGGAGUCGGUGACUUAUUCAACGCCUCCGCAGACCUGAGCGAGCUCACAGGGUCCCCAGGUAUCCAGCUAGACGACGCAGUUCACAAGGCCAAGAUACAAGUAGACGAGGAAGGAACGACAGCCGCAGCCGCCACUGCAUUCUUUACCUUCCGCUCGUCUCGGCCGCUUGAUGUCGCAAUGUUUAUCUGCAACCAUCCGUUCGUCUAUCUGCUCUACGACGCGCAGAGCCAAACCAUCUUGUUCACCGGAGUCUAUAGUUCCCCUCCCCCUAGCUCAUAGUUUGACCAGAGAAAUUUUAAUCUAUGGAUUUUACAAAUCAUUUUAUUAUUGAGUUAUACUUAAAAGUUGACUUACUUGUGUAUUUCAUCACUAAGGCAUCACGCGCUUUGCCACACAAGUUCAAGUUUAGCCGAAAAUGAGCGAUAAGCCAAAUUUAGCUCGUGUGAAGAACUAUUUUUGUCGUACUACACCGUUCGAAUUAGUUUUUUAAUUUGGUUCCAUUUUAGUUUUUGCGCAUUACACCAAUCACUGUUAUUAAAAUAUUAAAAUAUUUGGUCUUUUCAAUUGCGUUGGGCAAUUUUAGGUACAGCUUAAAAAGCAACCACAGUGACAAAAAAAUAAAAUAGUGAAAAUCUAACCUCAUGGUUGUUAUACAUAGACAGCCAUUCGGCAAAAAGGGAUAAUAAGAAAUAAUAGUGUACUUCAGACUUCAGAGCGACUGUGACAAUAAUAGUCGCAUAAUAUACGAUCAUGAGACUAUAAUAGACCAAUAAUAGCAAUCAAUAACUACUUUCGAUAGGGUAUAUAAGAAUAUACAUAACGAAAGAUUACAAGUGAGAAAAAUGUACAGCUAUCCUUGAUUUUGAUUGAUUCUUUUUUUCAACUAGGGAUGAAAGGAACCAAUUUAUUUCUGCAAGAAUGUAAUGAAAUGACAAAAAAUGGCUUAAAUUAACUUUCUCGAUGACUUAAUGAUCAAACAGAAAUAAAUUGUUAUGAUUUUUGAAACUUUUAGUUAUUUUGUUUUUAUGUGUGGACGAUUGAACUUAUUUUAUGAACGACAAUUAUCUGAUAGUGAUAAGUAAUUGUUGUAGGUAAGUUAUAAAUUGUAAAUACACAAAAAGGGAAUUCCAUAAAUGUACUUACUGUAGUACAAAUAGUUGUAAGACUAGGCCUAUUUAGUUAUUACUUGUGACUAAAAUUUUAGAUAUAAGUAACCCUUUAGUAAAAACUAUUACUAGAUAAGAUAAAUCCUAUGAAUAAUAAAUCUGAAUUAUAUUUUUUUAAAGAAUCUCUAGAAAUAUUGUAGUGUUAGUUUUGCACUGUGAUAUUGCAAGUUGAAACAGGAAGGAAUUUUCUCCAAGUUAAAAUCUCAAGGAGGCACUGUAUAUUGUUUAAGUUGUCAGGUUUUAAGAUUGCUCUUUAUUUAUUUAAGAACCAAAGUUGUAAAAUAACCUUUUUAUGUUUUUGUUAAAUAAAAACAUAACUUAACACUCAAGUGUUACAUUAUUUUAACCCAGUGUGGUAGAAAUAGGUUAAAUGAACUACGGAGUAACAAUAUAACUUUUUAAUAUAUUGUGUGUAUAUAGCCCAAAUAUAACAAUUAUUAAAA